UCAAGGUUGGUUUAUGUGCAGGAAUAGAAGAACUGCUGCUGUCACUGGAAAGGUAUGAGUGAACCGGAGAAAAUGUCUACGGCUGGAUUUAAGCUUUAGUUAUGACUCGUUCCUCAGUCGUAUUCUCUGUGAAUGUGUGUGCUGUACAGGAAUUGUGACGGACAGCGCUCGCUACCCAACAGAUUAGCCCCGUCUAAAACUGAGGCUGAGUCUUUAUUACUGGACAGCUUAGCAGCUAAGCGCUAGCCCGCUAACGUUAGUCGGUGCAGAUGAAUGAGCCCUUUACGUUACCGUGCCCCGCCACGACUCUGCUCGGAUGGGCGUGAGUCCUCGAUGUUAGGAAGCUAGCUGCUGGCCUAAGCGGGAGAGGCUACAACAACCCGAGAGGCUAACUGGUGCUGGGCUGUUUGCUGGAGUUGUCCAUCCAACACUAUGGGAAAGAAGAGUCGAGUGAAGACUCAGAAGUCAGGCUCAGGAGCCAGCGCUGUGGUUUCCCCGAAAGAGAUGAUGAACCUCAUCUCUGAACUGCUGCAGAAAUGCAGCAGCGCAGCACCCUCUGCUGGUAAAGAGUGGGAGGAGUACAUCCAGAUCAGAGGCUUGGUGGAGAAGAUCCGUAAGAAACAGAAAGGUAUGUCAGUAGUGUUUGAGGGCAGCAGGGAGGACUACUUCCCAGACCUGAUGUCCUGGGCUCAGGAAAAUGGGGCUUCCUGUGACAGCUUUAUUGUGACCAACUUCGGUGCAGAGGGCUACGGCCUGCGGGCCACCAGAGACAUCAAGGCAGAGGAACUAUUCCUGUGGAUUCCCAGGAAGAUGCUGAUGACAGUGGAGUCGGCCCAGAACUCUGAGCUGGGUCCUCUGUACAGCCAGGACCGGAUCCUACAGGCUAUGGGCAAUGUGACGCUGGCCCUCCACCUGCUGUGUGAGCGGGCCAACCCAGCUUCAUCCUGGCUGCCAUACAUUCGCAGUCUUCCUCAGGAGUAUGACACACCGUUAUACUACCAACAGGAUGAAGUGCAGCUGCUGCUGGGCACACAGGCAGUGCAGGAUGUUCUGAGCCAGUAUAAAAACACUGCACGUCAGUAUGCCUACUUCUACAAACUGGUUCAGACUCAUCCUGCUGCCAGCAAACUGGCCCUGAAGGACAGCUUCACAUUUGAUGACUACAGGUGGGCAGUGUCCUCUGUAAUGACCCGUCAGAACCAGAUCCCUACUGAGGACGGCAGCCGGGUCACUCUGGCCCUCAUCCCCGUCUGGGACAUGUGUAAUCACACUAAUGGACUGAUCACCACUGGCUACAACCUGGAGGAUGAUCGAUGUGAGUGUGUGGCAUUGCAGGACUACAAGGAGAACGAACAGAUUUACAUCUUCUACGGCACAAGAUCCAAUGCUGAGUUUGUCAUCCACAACGGUUUCUUCUUCCAUGACAACGUCCACGACCGAGUGAAGAUCAAGCUGGGUGUCAGUAAGAGCGAACGCCUCUAUGCCAUGAAGGCCGAAGUGUUGGCACGAGCCGGCAUCCCAGCGUCCUGUGUCUUUGCUCUGCACUGUAAUGAACCCCCCAUUUCAGCCCAACUCCUAGCCUUCCUCAGAGUCUUCUGCAUGACGGAGGAGGAAUUGAAGGACUACCUGCUUGGAGAUCGUGCCAUUAAUAAGAUCUUCACCCUGGGCAACAGCGAGUUCCCUGUCAGCUGGGACAACGAGAUCAAGUUGUGGACUUUCCUGGAGACCCGAGCAGCUCUGCUGCUCAAGACCUACAGGACUACCUCAGAGGAGGACUGCUGCAUGCUGGAGAAACCCGAUCUAUCUCUGCACUCUCGCGUGGCCAUCCAGCUCCGCCUGGCCGAGAAGCAGAUCCUGGAGAAAGUGUCAGCUAGCGGUCGGGCCAAACGUCUGCAAUUCCAGAAGAAGCUGGAGGAGGAUGCACCAUUGCCUCACUACGAGGAAAGCGAUAUUGCUUUGCUGGAGAAUAGCGACACAGAUGCAAAGCUUCCUAUUAUCCUGCGCAAGCUGGAGGAGGUAGAGGAAGGCCAGGAGAUCCAGGUAGAGGAGCACAGUCACUUCCUGAAUGGGGAGAAGGUGGUGUAUGAGAUGGAGGCUAAUGGAGAGCCGGUGCAGGAGGAGACUCGGGAUAAGGUCAGCAAAGAUGUUCAUUCAACCUUGGACUUGACUGGAGGCUCAAACCAGAAAGGCCAAAGGGAAGCGGGCGACCGAGGUGCCAGUCGAACUGAAGAGAAUCCCAAAGAGAGGAGUGAAUAAAUAUAUUCCAUUUGCAGCCACAGGCCAUGCUAUUUAUUUAUUUUUGUGUCUCUUAAAUGACUCAGAAAUAUAGAAGCUGAAGAAAAAGAAAAUAUAAGGUUGCAGAACUGUUCAGACUGUAUGGUCAGCCAGCCUGGCUUCUCUUAGUUGUCUGCUGCUCAGCUUGUUUAAAAUGCUGCCAGUGUGUCCCUCAGCCUUCUGUGCAGAGCAGGUUCAGAUUAAAAAUAGCUUUUGUUUAAGUUUGAAAUGUAACAGUUUGUGGACUACAGUAUAGCAAGAAAGCAUGGGUGGUGUAGGUGCAGAACAGGUCCCAGCAGAUAGUUAGGUGAAGAGGGAUAAAACCAAAACAGAGUUAGGUGAAUGUUAUUUCCAAAAAGCCAAAACCUCUCUAAUAUCAUGAAUUGGUUGGUUUAUUUCUGCAGUUUGUCUCCAUGUGUGUCCAGUAUGUUUUGAGUUGACAAUCGUUUUCUAUAGAACAUUUUGGGGUGUUCUGCUGAGUUGAGACCAUCACCUCCCUGUGUUCCCCUUUUUCUGCUUUAAAUCAUUUCAAGCUGAAUAACUGAGGGAAGCAUAAAAUGCUCUUAUUAGCCGAUGAGACUAACAUUUAUUUUUGAUGAUUGAGAAAUGGAAGAUGCUUUUUGCAAUCUCAAUGAAACUUUUGAUUUUUACUGUAUUUGCACAUUUUCAUAGUUGCAGCCCUUAUCAAGAAACAAGAGUUUUAUUUUGUGUUUUCAAAGUAUCUUUAUAAUUUAGUCAGUUUAUCUUAUUAAGAGUAUCUGUGGAUGUCAAUGAAAGGGACUGAUGUUUGACCUGAUAAUCACUGUUGUUGCCCCUGUGAAAGCCAUAUACAGGACUCAGUGAGACAGAGCAAGAUAUUGACUUGACUGUUGGAAGCUUUUUGUUCAACUGCCUUAAAACGAGGGAAUUUCAACAUGACACAUUUUGUAUGAAAAACAUGGAAGCACUGUCAGUAGGUUGUUAUUGUCUUUAGUUUGUGUUAACUGUAGGGGCGGCCCCAGUAACUCUGACUCUGUGCGCUGAUACAGAAAGCCAAUACUGACUGAGAACCUGACAGUCGAGAGCAUGGUGAAGGGAAAGGUUUGGCUAUAAUUCUUACAAGAUUUACAAGAUUAGACUUAUUUUAGAGUAUGUGGUCAUGGGGACCAGUUUCUCCCAUCUAUCAAAACCAUGUGAAAACAUGAAGCGAGACAUCACGUGAAAUGUUACUCACUUAUCAUACUGUGGAGCUACUUUGUGCCUCAGCUCCACUACAUUUAUACAGGUACACAGUUUGUUUGCAGUGGUACUGAAUGUAGCUCACUUUUACAAAACAACAAUACAUGAUUGAUAUAGUUUGACAAAAUAGUCACAACUUAAGACCCACAAACUAGUUUAUGUCAGAGCUUUCAGCCACAAAUCAUCUUCAUCACAAUAUGUGGUUGUUGGUUCAGGUGUUACCAUGUAACCAAAGUAUGGAACUGGGGUCAGGUGUUAGCAAGUGGCCAUAUAUGGGGCUGCCUCCCAAAGAUUGAUCAUUAACAGUGAUCAUUAACCCAACUUCACUGACAUGGCCACAUGAGUUCCAUAGUUACUGGAAAUCACUUGAAGAUGUCUAAAUGAACACUAGGAAAACCAAGCAAACUCCAGUGUUGAUGAUGACCAUGAGAUGUGGUUGAAAACCCCAGGAGACACUUGUAAGUGUAUCUUUAGUUUAUUUUGACAUCCUGCUGUUCCCAACAGAAUGAACUGGCCCAAUUCCAAUAGAAUUAAGAUCUUACAUUAUAUCUGUAGCUUACAUAGAGAUGAGACAUCUAUUGCAAACCUGCUGCUCACGUUUGCUCUGACAGUUUGGUGGCUCUUAAGAGUAGUUUCUCUAGUCUAGUAUAGUGUUUAAAAUGAACCAUGCUUUAUUGCCGUUGAUAAAUCAAACCAAAUUCAGUGGAAGGGCUCAUUGUCAGUCAGUUCUUUUAAGAGGGUUGGUUCAAAAUGUCUUAAAACCUCAACUCCUUUCUCACCAGUUAAAUUUCAGCUCACCUAUAUCAUUCUAAACUUUUAAACCUUUAUCUUUUUUUGUGGAUAAUAUAAAACCACACUGUUCAAACUGAAGUGACAGUGUGUCAGUGGACACAAGUUUUAUAGCUCUGAGCAUCUCCUAAUGCCACACUUCUUUUAUGCAUUAGGGGAGAAAAGGGACAGUUAUAUUCCACCAAUCAGAAAUGAGCUGUGAUGACACUCUGCAUACAUAUAUACUGUCAGGUUGUCUUCCUGUAUUGGCUUUGUUUCAGCCUAUUUGCAUUUUUCUUUCAUCUUGCUUGUGCAUGUCACACAAACAGUUACAGGUUCUUGUUCUCAUUGAUCAGUUACCUUUAUCUGCUCAAGUGGUCAUUUCCAAUGCUGUAUACAGUAAAACAAGAAUGAAUAAGCCUGGCACAUGUACUGUUGCAGAGUUCAUUUAAAUGUACCUGAAAUUGCAGCAACAUUAUCAUUUAAAAGAUUAAAUAAUUUUAAAAAAUC